AUGCAAUCGGAUGACAUCGGGAUGAAGAACAGCAGCGGAGUGGUCGUAGACGCAUACAUACCGCGCAAGUGUUCAGCAACAAAUAGGCUCAUUGGCCCGAAGGACCACGCCGCAGUCCAGCUGAGCGUCGCCAGGGUUAAUGAUAAGGGCAAGAUGAUCGAGAACAACUAUGUUACAUUCGCCUUCUGCGGGGCCAUCCGCAGCCGAGGCGGAGUGGACUCGGCCUUCAUGCUCCUCGCCCAGGAGCACGGUCUCAUGGAACGCCUUUAG